UCUGGAAAGCUGGCAGAACGCAGCUYAUUCCCGAGGAGCAGGACCUGCCCACAGGAGCAAGAAGGAGGAGCCAGCAGCCUCACUGACUGGGAGCCAUGUCGGUCAAACUCACCUUUGUGUCCCCUGGGGACGGGGGUGGCAUCAGCAGGAGCUGCUCCUUCACGGGAUUCAGCACAGUGCAGAGCAGGAAACUGGCCAAAUCCCUCAGCAGAAGCUCAGUGAGAUCCAGGAUGUCCCUGAAACCCCCCAAAGCCUACAAUUCCCUGCAGAAGGGGGCACUCAUCUGGGAUCCAAAGCCACUGCAGGUGAAGAAAAUUUUUGAAGCUUUGAAGAAAGGACUUAAUGAGUACCUGGAAGCACAUCAGGCUGAGCUGGAUUAUCUCUCUGGUCGGCACAAGGACACCAAAAGGAACUCCAGACUGGCAUUCUACUAUGACCUGGAUAAGCAAAUCCGCUCUGUGGAGAGAUACAUCAGAAAAUUGGAGUUUCACAUUAGCAAGGUAGAAGAGCUCUAUGAAGCUUACUGCAUCCAGUGCAGGCUGCGGGAUGGGGCCACCAACAUGAAAGAAGCCUUUUCCCUGUCCCCCUCCACCAAAGCCUCCAGGGAGAGCCUGCUGGAGCUCUACAAGAACGUCCAGGAGUGCACAGAGGACAUGUGCUUCAUCGAGGGGGCACUGGAGGUGCAUCUGGGGGAGUUUCAUGUCAAGAUGAAAGGGCUGGUGGGCUUUGCACGUCUGUGCCCGGGGGACCAGUACGAGGUGUUUGUUAGGCUGGGACGCCAAAAAUGGAGGCUGAAAGGCAAAAUUGAGACUGAUGACAGCCAAACGUGGGAUGAGGAAGAGAAGAUUUUUAUACCCAACCUCCAUGAGAAGUUUGAAAUCAAGGUGACAGAGCUGCGAGGUCUGGCCACCAUCCUGGUUGGGGUGGUGACCUGUGACAGCAUCAACUUCUUCAGCACCAAACCCCAGGCCAUCAUCGUGGACAUCACCGAGCUGGGCACCAUCAAACUGCGCCUGGAGGUGCUCUGGAACCCCUUUGACACCGAGAACCUCUUUCUGUCCCCUGGAAGCACUGCCAAGUUCUCUGUGGGCAGCAGGAAGAGCUCCUUGUACAACUGGACACCCCCAAACACCCCCAGCUUCAGAGAGAGGUAUUACCUGUCUGUUUUGCAGCACAGGCAGAGCCCGGGCGAUGGAGGGGAGGAAGCUCAGCCCCCCAGCAUUCUGAGCUACCUGGCUGCCUGCGAUUUCCACGGGAGGAACAAACCCCAAAACCCCGCAGAGACCAGCGAGGGGGACUCGUUCAGCUCGGAGGAUCAGAAAGGGGCAGAGUCAAGGAGCACAACCCCAGCGCUGGAGCACGGGAUGCUGCCACUGGUGAUCAUUAAAGAGAGCGGAGCAGCAGAGCAUCCUCUGCCCGAUCACAGCACUCUGGACAUCCUGAAGAAAACCCCGUGUGUGGACUCAUUUCCCAGUAACUCCCCCGGUUUUCCCAGCCGGCACAAAGGCAGGAGAGGCUCCUUCAGCCAGGCUCGGAGUCGCCGUCUGGCAGAGCAGGAAAACCUCAGCCAGAGGAGCUGGAACGGAGCCAGCGACCCGAGAGCGGAUGGGCGAGCCAAGUGCAUGGACAGGACCCUGCAGGAGGUGAUAAAUCUGCUCAAAUGCCGUCCCGAGGGACAAGCCCCGCUGGAGAAGUUGGAAUGCCAGGUUUCGUCUCUGAGGGAUAAAUUAAAGGUGCGGUUGUGCUGUUCUUUGCGGUGYGGGGCUGUUUCUGGUACUCCUGGGUGGGUUCGCUGCCCCCGGGGCUGCUCGGAUGAGGAGCUGUGCCUCUUUUCCCCUCUCAUCACCAGCACAUGCAAUGACAGUGCGCUGCAGCCCCUGAGCUGUGACAGCAGACCAGAAGCACGAGAUGUAACCACGGGGGAUGACAACCUGGACACGCUGCUGAUAACRCACCUGAGGCUGUGCAAAGGUCUCCUGCAGAAACUGAGAGCACCAAAUGUAGCCCAGGUUGUCCAGGAGAGCAUUUUGGAAGAAGUCUCGGAGCAAACACGAGUCCUGGGGGAUGUCCUGRAUCUGUCUGUUGAGAAAAUUAUUCAGAAGACUAAAAAGAAGAAGCAGUAUCUGAAAAUCUGGAGUGAUCUUGCAGAGCCUGGCAGCAGCAUCCUGGUGACCUCAGCAGAAAGGUUCCGUCACGCCCUCAAAUACACAAUGAUGCUCAAAGUGAAGGAGAAAUACCCCAGCCAUCUGGAGACAGUGCUGCAGAGGCUGCUGGAGCAGAUCCUCACCUGCGAGGGGCUGCUCCCCUCCCCGCGUUUCCAAACGGAGCCGAUCACUCUGUUCCAGUUUUAUCGAUACCUGGACAGRCACCACAUCGCCAGCCUGGAGAAACAUUUGGCAAAGCUGGCCAAAGAAGUGAUGCUGAUCGAGGAGCUGCAGUGCCCGGGCAGGCUGAAAACGCUCAAGAAGCUGAAGGGGAAGAGGCUGRCGAAGCUGCAGCCGCUGCCGCAAACCCUGCGCCUGCUGGGGCUGCUGCAGCUGGACGAGAACCACCGCGUGAGCAAAGCGGCCACGGCGUGUCUGAACCGCUGGGCGGGGAGCGGCCGCAGCCUGCGGGAGAGGGCUGUCUUGUUUUACUCGGAUGUUCUGUGUGAUGGUGACUCAAGGCUCCAGCAAGCGGCGUGUCUGGCUCUGAAGAACCUCAGGGCCGUGGAGAGCAUCGAGCAGAUUGCCCACCUGUGCCAGUCUGAAAUAGAGGAAGUGAGGAACGCAGCCAGGGAAACCACACUGUCCUUUGGGGAACGGGGCCGCCAAGCCUUUGAGAAGAUGGACAGGAUCUGCUGUGAGCUGAGGGAAACAGCACAAGAGGCUGAGAUUGAAAUCACAGUGUUUUAGCAGUGGAACAGAGGAGCUCAAUGCCAUUUUCCUCACAGCCCCAUGGGUACCUGAGGGAUUGGUUUUGUUGUCUGAUUCCUCCUGUGCUGUUCUGUCCCUGCUGCCUCUGCCCCAGGGCAGGUUCAGUUCCACAGGGGACAAUUUGUGGCCUCCCUGGUGCAGCCUGCAAUGGAUUUUAUCACUGUCUCAGCACAUGAUGAAAUACCAAGUGCAGGGACUGGAAGGGAUUUGCCAUGCAGACGUCUGACUGAUGGAGGGACAGGUUUGUUUGUUUUAAAUUCAGAAUUCAGUCAUAGACCAAGASUUCUGCUCAUCCAGCCCUUGUCAGGCUCAGUCCCCACCCUGGCCAUGGGGAGCAGCCUGGCUUCAGCUGCAAUACUUGAAAGGGUUGCGCUUGUGUGUACAUAUUUAUAUAUAUAUACAUAAAACUUUUCUAUUUGGUAUUUAUUUUUUGGAUUUCAUACUGUUUUCUAAAGUGCUAAUAAAUCAUUUGAGACAAGUUCCUGGGAGUGUUUGCUGCUGCUGUGUUUGCAGCCCUGGGGACAGGGAAGAGGACUGAACUCCCCAAAGGAAAGGGCUUGACCUGCCCUGUCCUGCUCUGGUGAACUCUCCCCUCCAGUUGUAGCUUUCCUUAAAACCACAAACCAGAGGUAAGUUCUGGAAUUCAAACAGCAGGGAGGUGCUGGCUGCAGCUGCAAACAGGGGCAGCACAACCUCCUGCCCUCCACACCUCCUGCAGAAACCAACCUCUGCACUUCUUACCCUUCAAUUUUAAUGGGAAAGGCCACAAGAGGGAAAUGGAGRUGGCA